AUGAAUACUAUUAAACUAUUUCCUACAAAUGAAACUAUUUUUAAUAAAUCAUCUUUACAUCCAGAUACUUUUGUAUUAUUUGCUGGUCAUCUUUUAAUUGUAUUUUAUUGUCUAAUAUUUAUUUUGGGUUUUCUUGGUAAUUCAGCAGUUAUUUUUGUAGCUAUUCGAAAAAGAAAAUAUCGUAAUGUUACUAAUUGUUAUGUUAUGAAUUUAGCAUUUGCUGAUUUAUUAUUUUUAAUACUUUCAAUUCCAUAUACUACCUAUUUAGGUUUAGUAGAUAGUUAUCCAUUUGGUAAUAUUAUCUGUAGAAUUUAUAUGUAUCUUGCAUAUGUAUUUUUAUUAGCUACGUGUCACACACUAGCUGCAAUGAGUAUUGAUCGAUAUUUAUAUAUUGUUUUACCAAGUUCUAAACUUCAAUGGCGUACAUCGAAUACUGCUUUUAGUGUAUGUUUGAUUAUAUGGGCUAGUUCACUUGGUUUGAUUGUUCCUUAUCAUAUAACUUCACAUGUAAUGUCCUCGAAUUUGAAAACAUGUGGUGUGAAUGAUCAAAAAAAUUUUCUUGUUUGUUUCUUGGUAUUUUGUUCUUAUUAUGCUAUUCCACUUCUUAUUAUUAUUGUGUGUUACACGAAAUUAGCGAUGCAUGUUAUGCAAUCAAAUCAAACUAUUGUUAAUCAAAUGAAUUCUAGAAAUAUUCCAAAGUUUUUGAAAAAAAAACAACGAAGAGUAACAAGAAUGGUUAUAGUUGUAACGUUAGUAUUUGCUAUGUGCUGGCUACCUAUUCAUACACUUGAAUUAAUGAAAUGUGCUAAUUCAAUAAUACUUUAUAAUCUUGCUCAAUCCUAUCCAAAAUUUAUUUAUACAAUACGUGCAUUUGCACAUGCCUUAGCUUAUUUUAAUUCAUGUUUAAAUCCGUAUUUAUACGCUUUAUUAAAUCGUAAUUUUUGUUUUGAUCUUAUCGAUAUAAUUCCAACAUGUUUCAAUUGUUGUAAACAAAAAGAAGUAUUUAAACUUCGAACAUCAAAUCCAUUAACGAAAGCUGUAUCAACAACUGCAAUAUCAAAUAGAAAUCUUCAUAAAAAACCAUUUGAUAAUGAUGAUGAUGAAGAAGAUGAUGAUGAUACAUAUUAUCAUGAUACAGAUAAACAAACAAAUGUUGAUGUUAGCUGUCAAGUUGAAUUACUUCUACUAUGA